UUAAAGAGCAAGUGUCCAAUAACUCUUGUUUUGCUUCUCAGCCCUCUAAUCCUGCAAAGGAACUCCAUGAGAUGGGAUGGGAAGACAUACGAAGAGAUCCCAAUAGCACACAUCAAAGCCACUUACAACAACACCCACAUCCAGGUUGUCAGCUUCGACAACAGGCCCUUCUCCCGCACAUCCUGCGGCACUGAAGGCUUCCAGAACGCCAAGAAGGGCACUGCCAUCGCAGCGCAGACCGCAGGCAUUGCAGCAGCAGUGAAAGCACGUGGGAAAGGUGUGUUACAUGUACGUGUCAUGGUGAAAGGACUGGGACCCGGGCGCAAAGCUGCCAUCAAGGGUCUGACGAUGGGCGGCUUGGAGGUCAUCUCCAUCACGGACAACACGCCCGUGCCCCACAACGGCUGCCGGCCCCGCAAAGCCAGGCGCAUGUGAGA